UCUGUGUCUCUUCCUCGUCUUACAACAGGCAUCCGCACAUAACAUGUCCUCUCCCGAGAUCGCCUCUCUCUCCUGGGGCCACAUGAAGGUGAAGGGCUGCUCCUCCAGCUACAAGGACUGUAAGGUCUGGCCCGGAGGCAGCCGGGCCUGGGACUGGAGAGAGACCGGGACUGAUCAUCACCCAGGAGUCCAACCUGCUGAUCUGGAGGAGGUGCUGAAGAAGGGAAUAGACUUGCUGGUCAUUGGCAGAGGCAUGAGUGAGGCUCUGCAGGUUCCCUCCUCCACUGUGGACUUUGUGAAGCAGAAAGGUGUCGAUGUCAGAGUCCUGCAGACAGAGAAAGCCGUGGCUGAAUACAACAAACUGGCUGGCCAGGGCGCAAAGGUGGGCGGGGUCUUCCACUCCACCUGUUGAUGAUUUCACCCUCGCCUUGCUGCACCCUCUGGGGUGACCGACACAGUAUGGGGGGGCGGGCAGCCCGUAGUGUACAACUGCCUACACUCUCCAUUGUGCCUCUUCUAGCUCUCAGCAUGACUACAGAGCACUGAUUUAGGGUAACUGAAACAUUUAAAGUGGGCAAGCUCUGAUUCCAGAAGAGUGCUGGCAACUUUAGAAAGCUAAUAGAAAUCUAGCAGUCUGAUAUAUAUCAGUAAACUCAGAGAAAUCACUUCUGGAGGCCUUGGUAUAUCUGACUCCAGCUGCUUGUAGAAUGAUCAGUUCUGUGGAAUUUGAACAGUUACUUAUUAAAUGUGGUGGACUGUGCAAUAGAACAAUAACACAGAUCACAUCAGUGGUGGUGUUGAUAAUAAAUGUACAAUACAUUUUUCCUGAGGUGAAAAUGUAUUUCUGCUUGUUUGCCACACAAAAUAAAAAGAGAAACUGGAUCAUCUCCAUCA